AUGCAGUUGCCCGAAGUUAGACUUCUCACUUUGCAAUUUAAUUUACCUCUGUAUGCUGUCGCAUCUUCAGCUGCCUUCCCGUCGAUCUGUCUACAGCGUAUUGAAUGGGGCAAAGGUUACCAAGGGUCGCAAAAGCUAUACUUUAUUGCUACCAAGGGGACCUCCCCAGAUCUUCAGCUUGUCGAGUGCCCCAUGUUUCCUUGGUGGAUUAACAGCUUGAGGCGUCAUCCUCUGUGCACAUGGUCAGGCAGCACCUGGGAUUACUACCACAAGUCGGAUGACCACUUCGCUUCCCCGACCGGAAUCCAAUAUAUUUUGAUUUCGCAUCUUGCCAUUUCACGCCGAGAAAAAUUCCCCAAGGCCUCGUAUUCCUCACGAGCCCUUUGCAAAUCCUGGUUAGGCUUGAUACGGUUUACCUCGGUUUAUUGCCUGGUGUCGUGCAGGAGAGAUCCGGGGAAGCGUCUGUUGCCAACGACUGCGCCACUAUCAAUGCCCAAACUGCCGCGACAAACACGCCUGGCCACCACCAUGCUAUUCCCGAAAGAACGUCGGGAGUAUGAUCCCGCACUACUUCCUCCUCCUGCACGGACGUGGUGA